GUGAACUGGAUUGCGAAAAGCAGCCACUAAAUAUUAAAAUUUGUGUCAUUUUAGAGGCAGAUGUACUAAGUUGAGACCGUUUUGAUUUCAUGUUGAUUAUAUUGAGACACACAAGACACAUUGAGAAUGAACAAAUGAAAGGAAAUGAACAAGACGAGAUGUGAAUAAGGUACCAAACCAAAACAAACCCAGAGCUUCUACAACGCUACUGUAUGCGUGUGCCGCUUGUGUGUAGACGUUCACACAGUAAGUGUUGUGCACACAUACACACAGGGGGCUCAAUUUAAGUUUUCUUCACACCCUUUGCUAACACCUCCUCUCCUCCAGCACCUCACAUAUUCUCUCUUUGUCUCACAUCUCUCUUCUCACACUCCAUCCAUACCACCGGUCCUCGUUCUUCUUUCCUUCUCUCUCUCUCAACACGCCCUCCGUUUUUCUCCAUCAGUAAUUGGAUUCUAUUUUAAGGCAGCUAUAUGUGUCUGUCUCUUGUGUUUGUGUCUCACACCCCGUUUUCGCGGUCUCUCUCUUCCUCUGUCUCUCUUUCUUGCCUACAUCUUGUUCUCCACUAUGCUUGUUUUGCCCCCUGGUGUUUGUCCUGCAACUACCUGAUGCCCUUUACCAGCUUAACCAGUUGAGCCGGUGGCAGUCAUGCCCUACGCCAGCUCAUUAAUGUCAACAUGAAACUAAAUUUGUCCCCGUUUACUUUAUUAAUACAUGUUCCUGGUCCUACUGUGAAGGGUGAAAGUAAAAAAAACAAACAAAAAACAAAGUAUUGCAUUUAAUAAAAGACACUGAAUAAGAAGAUAAUAUUAACUAAUAUAGAUAUUUAGAUAUUUAGUCAUUGUUUUAGGCUACUUUUGCACAUAAUACAGCCUUUAUAAAGUCUUGACAGAAGUUAAGUCAUUUUAUGUCAAGGAUAGAGCAAUAAUAUCAAAUUGGGAUCAGUUUGAAAAAGAAUCUGGAUAGUGAACUUGACCUUUACUCUGCAUAUUCAGGUCAAAAAGACCUGGAAAUUGGAGUAUGCUGCCUUCAGGCCCUGUCCAAAUUAUUUUAUUUACAAGAAGAAGGGCCACAUGAACGCAGUCGCCAUUUUAUUUUGACAGUACGUGCAUUUACAGAAGAAAGUACUGUAAUAUAAGGUAACCUUAAAGGUUAGGUUUAGGGUGUAGGUUAGUUAUUACCCAGUUAUUGUAACUACUAUUAUAAGUACAUAGUACUUACACACAGAACAGGACUGUAAAGAAAGUGCUACCAGUUCGUCCGACAACUACAUUUCAUGUAAAAAGCAUCAAUUACACACCUAAUGUGCUCUUUAUCAUUAUGCAAAACCAUUAAAAACAUCUCCUGUGAAGUGAAAAGUGAGAAAUUCGUGAAUGUUUUUGCAACCAAAAUCACUUGUAUUUGAAGGCAGCAUUUCCUCAUUAAAUAUCCUGUUUCACAUAAAAGUAUGUCACAUUACAGAAGUAAAAUGGGAUGUGAAUGCCUUUUCAUGCUGAGUUUAAUAUCAGGAUGGUUUUCCUCCACUGGAGCAAGUUUAUGUUAUGUCCCAUAAACUUUUUAUUACAUUCAGCUCUAAAUCACUCUCAAAUGUGUUUAAUGAAUUCUUUAAAAUGUUCACUAACAGGCACUGUUAAAACAAAAUGUGCAAAAAAAAAAAAAAAAAAACUUGCACAUUGCAGCUUGGCCCACCAUGAGCAGCAUUAGACACUCCUUUAAGGUUACUGCCCCAGUGACAAGCUGUUGUACCCUAAAGGUACAAUUUGUGCACAUUUUGUCUGAGAGUGUGGGAUUGCUGAGAUUGGGCAAGCUGAAAUGGGAUACAAUAACCAGGAAUCGUGUUUUCAGCUCAGGUGAAACUCAUUGUGAAGUUUCCGAGGUGUAUUUGACACAGUUUUGAGAUCAGAGUGAAACAGGGCUAAUGAGCGAAACAGAGGGAUGUAAUUGCAAAGGGAGGGGCGGAGAGGACAAAAGAAUGACGGAUGAGCCAGCGUAGUUGGUUGGCUGCUGAAGGGACACAGGGGGCCGUGGCGUUACUUAAAACGAGUGUCGCAAGAAACGACAUGCAAAGUUAAGAGAAGAAAGGGAGGAGAGGGAUGUGUGAAGAUGGGAGGCUCGCAACAGACCAAAAAACAGUCUCCCGGAAGAACCGGUAGCGGCCGACUGACGCCACACACGCCGCGGCACACACAUGCGCACGGUCGUUCAGGGCAGACGCGUCACACACCGCGAUCCACUCAGACACGCACGGGAGCAGGCCGCAAGCAGGCCCCACACGCCUCCCAGACACAUGCGCACGCUCACCGCUCGCCGUCGGCUCAGGGAAGUCACGCUCGGGCCGGGAACGGACAUGCACACGCACACUUGCAGACUCAUGCAGACCAGGGUGGCUGUGGUCUCUUCUGCUACCUGUGUUACGGUGGCUACUGCCUCUGUUUGACGCUUCUUUCCUUUUUUCUCCUUCUCCUCCUCUCCCCACCUACACCUCGCACUCCGCCUCCUCCUCCUUCUUCUGCUCCUCUACCCUCUUCUCCUUCUGACGACACCAUCUUUUCGCUGUCCUUUUCCUCUCUGGCUGUUCCGUUCUGCCCCCAUCCGUCCCUGAACCUCUCGUCCUCCUCUAUGUCUCCGUUAUCGCCUCUCCUGUCUUCUACCGACUCCCUGACUCUCCUUCACCUGGAUUCCGAACUCUUUCCUUUCAACCUGUCGACUCCCCUUCCUCCGUGCCCAUCUGCAUCCCCUACUCCUCCUCCGACCCCUUCCAAAUCCUCCUCGGAUCCUUCUCCUCGUCCCCGCCCUUUUAUUCUUGUCCCACCUUCUCUCCUCCUUCUUCCUCGUCCCUCCCUCUGUCGCUCCCGCCCUUCUUCUCGCUCCUUGCCCUCUCUUCUGCUGUGCCCACACAGUUUGUCUGACCACGCCCUCUCCUCGGUUGAGACCUUGGACGACAUCCCGUCGAUGGGGGCGACGCCUCGGCCCCGCACGUUGCUGCGUCAGCAGAGCCUCCAGCAACCCUUGAUACAGGCUCCAGCCCCAAAUUUGGCCAGCAGGCCGCCUAUCUCCCAGAGUCUGGGUCAGCUGCACUCCCAGCCAGGCAGCGGAGGUGGAGGCGCGGGGCCUGGGGGAGGGGGCGGGGCCAACUCAAGGAGCUCCAGGGGCGGAGCUUCACGCUAUAGGCCAGAAGGUGCCGGGGGGCGGGCCUCUCGCGGGAACCCUGGCAGUGUGGAUCACAUGAUGGGUCAGAUAAAGAAACGAGGCCUGGACGUUAAAUCCUUCCUGGAAGGAAAAAUGGUGGUUCUCUCUCUCGCGAUCGGAUUGGCCGAGCAGGACGACUUUGCCAAUCUGCCAGACCUACAGGAAGUACCGCCCAGUCAAGAAACUCCCCCUGAUAAGAGUAGGAAUAUGGGGAAUAAGCCAGCUAACAGUCCUAAGGGUCAGCCGCCAGACGCCGACGGCCAUUCCUCAGUGUCUGACCUUGCCAACUCGCUCACUGGAGACAUGGUGAUGUUGUCUCCGGGGUCGGAAGAUGAUGACCACGAGGGUCCAGUGAGUGAGAAACUGGGCAGGAUUCAGUUCAGCUUGGGCUACAGCUUCCAAGACACGACUUUGACGGUGAAGAUACUCAAAGGUCAAGAACUGCCCGCUAAAGACUUCUCUGGGACAUCUGACCCCUUCGUCAAAAUCUACCUACUGCCUGACAGAAAGCACAAACUCGAGACCAAAGUCAAGAGGAAAAAUCUCAACCCUCACUGGAACGAAACCUUCCUGUUUGAAGGGUUCCCGUAUGAGAAGGUGCGGGAGCGAACGCUGUAUCUCCAGGUGCUGGAUUACGAUCGGUUCAGCCGUAACGACCCGAUCGGAGAGGUCUCGAUUCCUCUGAAUAAAGUGGAGCUCGGACAGCUGAAGACGUUCUGGAAGGAUCUCAAACCCUGCAGUGAUGGCAGCGGAAGUCGUGGAGAUCUGCUGUUGUCUCUGUGUUAUAACCCCACUGCCAACACCAUCACUGUUAAUAUCAUAAAAGCUCGCAACCUCAAAGCCAUGGACAUCGGGGGCACCUCAGACCCGUAUGUAAAAGUAUGGCUAAUGCACAAAGACAAGCGAGUGGAGAAGAAGAAGACAGUCACCAUCAAACGCUGCCUGAACCCCGUUUUUAACGAGUCCUUCCCUUUUGACGUGCCCGCACAUGUUCUCCGAGAGACCACCAUCAUCAUCACCGUCAUGGACAAGGAUCGACUGAGCCGCAACGAUGUCAUUGGAAAGAUCUACUUGUCAUGGAAGAGCGGUCCUGCCGAGGUCAAACACUGGAAGGACAUGUUGAGCCGGCCACGCACAAACGUGGCACAGUGGCACGCCCUCAAAGCCUGAUUUGCCCUCUCCAUUUCCCAUUUUUCCCCCCCAAACCCCAUUUGACCUUUGACCCGAAACCCCGUCCUUAUGCACAAGACUAACUUGCUGCCAGACGGCACAACACGGGUACUUUUAGCCAUCCACUCUUGUAACCUUUAACCUUUGAGCUUCUCUCUCCACUUUAUUUACUCUGGUAACAUGUAGUCCAAAUGCCUGCUUAUUAGCUAAUUACGCCAACGGUUCUUUUGUGCAUUAGCAUCCGUUCUGGACUCUGGGAUAGUCGCUAAAUCCAACAAAGCCAUUUAAAGAAGCUCUGAGAGCAUUCGUGCCGCAACUACACGUUACCAGGAUGCCGUUUCCUUCCUGUUUUGGUUUUCUAGCCCUAUUCCCCUGUGUUCCUCAGGCUGGAGAGGUCUGACAUCUUUUGGAUGUGUGAACGCAUCAGCUCGGCCCCGUCCCUCGUCUCAUCGAACCAACCACUCGCGUCUAGACCCGGAGGCUCAUGGGAGCUCAUUUGGCAGCCUUUAAAUUGGCCACUGCUGAAACGGAUCGAGUCGCAGGAACUCUGGGAGUUGUAUUUUUCCAGGUCUCAGACGUCCCGUGCGAGUAAUUAAAGCCAUGAGGGGAAACGAGACGCCCUCUUUCCAUUAGCAGCCUCUCGGUUCUUUUAGUCUCCAUUUAUAGUUGUUUUUCUCGAAAUCCCUGACCUCUCCAAGCCUUUUUCCGUGUCUUUCCCACUUGACCUGAUUUUCCAUAUCUUUGUUCCUUCCUUCUCUUUCUCUCUCUCUCUAUCUAUCUAUCCUCUCUUACUUCUUCUAAGUAAACAGCUCCGAUUGGUUCAGCUGAAAGCCGCAGACAUUGAAACCUUACGCCAUCUGGAGACUUAAAGAAAGCAAAUGAACUCCAUCCUCGUCUCUUUUGCUUUUUUCCUCUGUGGUUUCUCUUUAUUGCUGGCACAAUAGUAGUGAAGUCCUCUUUUUCUCGGGAUCCCUUGUCGUCCGUGUGCUGUGAGUGACGUGUCGUAGAUCCAACCGAAAUAUCGUUAAAAAACAUUAACCACCAGGGCGGAAAAAGAAAAUGACUUUCUCGAAGGAUUGUUCCAGGUCUUCUGGGAUGGAAUCCGGAUGGAAGAAAAAAAAAAAGUACACACACAUACAAAAAAAAAAAAAACCCUUGAUGUCAUCUUUUUUUCAUCAAAAGGACAUUUGAAGAAACCAAUCAGAAUUGUUCUUCCAGAUUUGCUGUGAAAUAUAGAAGCAAAAAGUUGAUUUUGCGCCGUGUGCGCCGGAUAGUUCUCGCCACACUUUGCUCUAGUGAUGUGUUUAUUUGUGUGUGUGUGUGUGUGUGUGUGUGCGCUGAUAGGGGCUCAUCUUUUACAGAAACCCUCCAGUUAACGGAAAAAACCUGCCUUUACCCGCGUAUGUGUGCGUAUGAGACUGUUUCAGGACGUAGUGGGGAUGAAUCUCACCCAAACCUGACCUGGUCACGUUUUAUCCCAAAAAUCAACAGAAAAAAAAAAAAUUUUAUUUUGAAUAAAGGAAAUGAAGACUGAUUUUAAGCACAAUUACAUUUUUUAUUGUGAUGAUAUUUUCAUGAAAAACACUUUUACCUCCAAAUGCUCAUACUAUAAAUAACUAAUAAUUUAUAUUAAAUUUAAAAAUUAAAGGCUGUACCAUGCUGCCAUGAUAUAUAUAUAUAACUCCAAUUAAAAUUAUUACAAUUUAAAUACUACUAUAAUUAUAAUAAAUAUAUAAUUUUAUAAAUAUUUUUAAUGAUUUUUGAUUUAAUAAGACAAUAAUUAUAAUGGAUUUUUAUAUAUAAAUAUAUAAUGAUUGGUAUUACGCACAUUUUCACCCAAAUUUUCAUUACAUGAUUUAAUUUCUCCUGUAAUUCUUGCUAUUCUAAAUAUUGACACUGAUUACCUUAAUACAUUUCUUUUCUGCCUAAAAUAAUGCAUACAUUAAAGCUGUGCAAUUAAUAUUACUGCACACAAUGUAUGAAUAUUUUAAAAUUUAAAUAAUGCAUAAUUUUGUACAUUGUGGUAAUGGAGUAAAAUGUGCUUAAUUGUCAUGAAAAUAAUGUCACAAUUGCAGAAAAGGUUAAUGGUCCGAAAAACAGGCUUUAUUUUCUUUAUGCAAAUAUAUAUCUCAUUUCCUUCUUUUGAUUUUGAGGUGAAAUAGGACCCAGAUAUGUUCCUGACAGGUUUUAUGAGAUUCGCCUGUGCGUGUAUUACAGCAUUAAUGUGUAUCUUCAUUGAUGUUAAAAAUAAUCAAAGUGUGUGAAUAUGCUGCUCUAUUUUCUCAUGGCUUCCUUCCGUCUUAUUAUGAGACUCUUUUCUCUUUUCUCCUCUGAAGAGAGUUGGAGAAAUGUGAGCUGCACUUUUUAAUGGUGUAACACUGAGAAAUAUAAUAGUAAUUGUUAAUACAAUAAUAAAUAGUUUUUGUAUUUUAAGGGAGGAGCGUUUUAAAGAGCAAACGGGGCGUUCGGGGAGGCUGGACUGUGCUGGACAGACGAUCUCUCUCUUUCUCUCUCUAUCAAAUGCUUUGUUAUUCUGUAUAUGUGAUUGGUAUGUGUGAGUGUUUGUCAUGACCGUGUCAUUUAUGCAGACCGGCUGCUUGUGGCAUGACGAGGUAUGUGUUAGCGUGAGGUGUGGCGUUGCCAUGGGGUCGCUAUGGGGACGGAGUGAGUGUGCAAUAGUGUAGAGACGCUCAGCUUGACAUCGAGACACAGAAGCAGAGGACGCCGUCCAAUUUCUCACUCCCGCUCAAGAACAACUAGUUAUUCUGGGCUGAGACCUUGAACAGGACAGACUGUUUUGCACCUAAAUGUCAUGAGCUAUAAAAGUUUUUUAGCACUCUGUAACAAUAGCAAUAGCAAAACAUGAUCCAGAACAGCCUAAAAUAUAGCAAAAUAUCUCCAUUUAUGGCUGCCAAAUUUGAUGUGAGAUUAAUACAUGUUUGACAUUAAAUUUAUUUAGCACACUUCAUGCAUUUGAAUACAUAUUUCUAAUAUUAGUUUCAGUAAUAACUAGUUGAUAUCCUGUGUUUUACUAACACUAAUCUCUAGUUGCAUGCUACUUCUUUAUGUACAUUACCUGUCCAAAGGUUUGAACAUGACUGUACUCUUUACACCAUUUUAUGAUGUAAUUUUUUUAUUUAUACUAUUUUUUAUUAUUAUUUAUUCUUUAUUGUUGUUUUUUGCUGACCAAUCAACCAGUCCGAAUCAAGGUCCAAAACCAUUUUAUUAAGAGCAUUUUUGAAGCCCAAAGUGGGAGGAGCCAGUUGGCGCCGCGUCACGCCCAGAUAAUCAAAAAUGGGCAAAAGGGCGGGAUGUGGGUGGAGCUGAGAUGCCUGGUUGCUGGAACCAUGCCCACCUAGCUCGAUGGUAGUGACAGCAGCGGCAAUCCACCUGUCACUCAAGUGGCCAUGCCCUUAAAUAUGCAGAACUUUAAGGCUUAAUAUAUUUUACAGUUGUCAUGAAGGGCAAAAUUACCUAUAUAGACCAAAACCACUUUUUGUACCAGGCUGUAGACAUUUCUUUUUUCUGCUGUAAAGUUGGGCAUUUUAACAUGGGGGGUCUAUGGGACUGACUCCCUUUUGGAGACAGUCUCUAGGAGCCAGUCGAUGAAUUGCAGUUUAAGUCACUUCUGUGUUGGAUUCAAGAGAGAGUCCGGAAGGUUGCCGCUUGCAUGUGACCUCAACAUGGCGCCACUAUGAGGGUGCACUGUUGCAUAGAGUAAAACAGCUUUUUGUGGGAAUUUUGUGUAUUUUUUAUUUCUUUAGCUGUUAAAGUUUUAUUAUUGGUGUUAUACGGUAAACUGCAAGUUGAAUAAAAUCACCAGAAGGCCUCGUAAUGAUUUUCAGCCACUCGAUUCUAGACUGUCCGUGCCGAGGCGGAUCUUUGGCAGAUCGGAGGCAGCAAUGCAGCGUGUCUUCCAGACUGUAUUUAAGUGUCCGCAGUACAUCUGCUUUCAGCCGAGAGCCAUCUCAGAUCAGUGGAGCGUUUAAUAGAGUGCUCUAAUGUGCUCGAUGUAAUCAGAUAAUAGUACCGCUUAAAUUGUGUGUUUGUGUUCGCUCUCCAUAUCCUAGCCUUUAGCGUACACAAACGUUGUGAUGCAACAUCUGCUGAGUGUGCGCUCAUAUGAGCCAAACUUGAGCACGUUUUCAGUGUGUAUGUGUGUGCAGGUGCUGUCGUGGGUCACCUUGUUUUUCGCUUCGCCAAUCGAAGCCGGUUGACCGUCGUACGUGUGUGUUUGUGCCUGCAUACGCGUGUUAGCGGUGUUGCUGUCACACUUAUGCUGCUGCUGACUGGAGAAAGUAAAUAUUGAGAAAGUAAAUUGUUUGAGUUCUGAACUGUUUAACUUCUGUAAUGUGUGUCAGACAACAAAUCCCAUUCAGACACACACUUUUACAGUUAUAUGUUAAGUUAAAGUUGAGGUUUAAUGUUCAGAGUCUAUAAGUAAGCCACUAGUAGUUUGAUAUCCUGUACAUUGUGAGUCUGUUGUUGUAGCAGCUCAACAUGUCAACAUCUCGCUCAAGCGAUGGAGUGAGUUUGGGUUACUUUUUAUUAAGAAUUUAUAACCCUAGUAACCACCAAGAUCAAUCUAGCACCCACCUACAGUAGCAACCACCCUCAGCAUCUUAACAACUGUCCAGAACAGCCUGGUAUCCACAUAGAAAACAUUCAGAAUAUUCUAGCAGCCAUAAAGAACAGUCUAGCAUCCGCCUAGAAACCAUCCUCAACACCCUAGCAACUAGGGCUGCACGAUAUAUCGCAUGCAAUAUUUAAUGCACAUCUUGUCAGUAAAGCCAAGACAAGAAGUGCAUUAAAUAUCGCAUGCGAUAUAUCGUGCAGCCCUACUAACAACCAUCCAGAACAGCCUAAUCCUGACUGCCAAAAACAUUCUUAUCAUCCAAAACACCCUAACAACCAUACUCAACAGCCUAGCAACCAUCCAGAACAGCCGAAUAUCCACCUAGAAACCAUAUAAAACACCCUAACAACAAUACUCAACACCCUAGCAGCCACCAAGAACAGCUUAGCAACUAUCCAGGGGUGCGCUUCCCAAAACCAUCGUUAGCUAACUAUGGUUGUUAGUUCCAUUGAACUUUAUUGGCAACAACGGAACUUGCGACCAUAGUUGGUUUUGGGAAACGCACCCCAGAACCUAGAAACCAUACAAAACGCCCUAAUAACAGUACUCAACACCCUAGCAACCACCAAGAAAAGCUUUGCAUUUAUCUAGAACAGCUGAAUAUCCACCUAGAAACCACCCAAAACACCAUAGCAACUGUCCAGAACAGCCCAACAUCAACUUAGAAACCACCCAGAACAUGCUUACAACCAUCCCAAACACCCUAACAAUGUUCAAAAUCAAGCUAGAAUCCACUUAGCAACAACUCAGAACACUCUAAUAGCAUCCACCUAGAAACCAUCCAUAACACUCUAACAACCAUCCUUAACACCAUGGCGACAUCCACUCAGAACAUCCUAGCAACCAUCCAGAACAGCCUAAACAUCCACCUAGAAACCACCCAGAAUACCCUAACAACCAUGCUCAACACCCUAGCAACCAACCACCCAGAACACCCUAGCAACCCACAAUAACAGCUUAGCACCGCUCAGAAAUGACCCACAAGACCUUAGCAACCAUUCACAACAUCCUAACAGCCACUCAGAACAACCUAAAACCAUCCAGAACAGCUUAAUAUCCACAUAGCAACCAUCCAGAACACCCUAGCAACCACGACUCAACCACUCAGGACUACCUGGCAUCAUAGCAGUAUGUUUUGUGCUUGCAAAAACAUAAAAAUCAAGUUAUUUUUGCAGUUUCGUUUGGUGCCCUUAGCAGUACACAAAUGACACUUCAUCUGUUGUAAAACUCAUCAUUUGUUUAAUAAUUCCAGAAUUAAUCCAGUACAGGCUGCAGGACGAACAUGUUUACGUGGCACAGUUGAGCUUUAUUUAGUUAUUCUCAUAAGACUCAGUCAGCAGUCUAAAGUUGUGUGUGAUGGUCACUGACCCCUGUGCUGACCAGCACCUUUGCUCUGCUCAGUGUGUGUUUGUGUCUGCGCGCACAUGCACGUGCAUUCACCUGUGUGUGUGUGUGUGUGUGUGUCUGUGUGUGUGUGUGUAUUAUAGAGCAGUAUGAUUGUUUUGGCAGUCAGUGUCACUGUGAAUUAUUUUCUGCUUGGACCUUUUGGGGGGAAACUGAGCUAAAGUUCUCUCUCUCUCUCUCACAAACACACACACACACUUGUCCAAAAGCAUUGCAAACACAUGCAAUUGUUUUUCAGCUCAUUAACCAGCAACAAUAAUUUCAUUUCUUCAUUUUACCAUAUUACUGAUUUAAAAAAAAACAAUUUUUCCACAUGCCUGAACACGUCACGCAUCUCUCACACACACAGCGGCGGUUUCCGUGUUCGCUCCUACAAACACACACACAGACAUUAUCAGAAAGACAAAUUCACAGGCCGAUGCCGUACAUCAGUCAUUCCUCCGGUCCAAUUAGCUGCUCCUCAGAAAUAAGAGUGAGAAAGAAAAAAUAAUAAAAAAUGAGUUUAGCACAUGUUUGCAGUGGGUUGCAUCAUGCAGGUCUCAGUUGGAGGUGUUCGACUGAGCAGCUGUUAAACUGCACAUUUUAUUUCUCAGCGGUUGCUCAUCGCUCAGUUCUCAAUUAUUGGCCAUGUUUUAUCACGUAUUAAUUUCGUCUCACAUGAUUCUCCUUAUAAUUAAUUUGGAGAAAGAGAAAAAAAAACACAAAUCAGGCUUCAUGUAAAAAUAUAGAGCUCUAAAAUGAAUGUGGGCAUUAGCUCAGAUCAUUCGCUCGAGAGAAUGGGAUGAGAAACGUUUGAGCUCAUAAUGAGAUCUGUGACUUUAUCCUAGCAGACUUCAGAGCUCAUUUUGAGACGUCACCGAGACCUCUGCUAAAAACUCUUCUAAAAGAGAUGCAUGUGAGGUUACUGGGGAUGCUUUCUCAGAAAGAUCAGAAUGAAUCUCUAUUUAAUCUAAUUUCUGUCUCUGAGAAAUAAUUGAAAUAAUAAAGAGAUAUCAUUUGUGAUUUGUAGAACACACAAACUGUAAGCUUGAGGAGAUGCAUGUGUGAUUACUGGGAUAUUUUUCUCAGAGGAAAAAUCAGCACAAAUCUCCAUUUAAUCUCAUUUGUGUCUGAGAAAUAAUUGAGACAGUAAGGAAAUCUAAUUUGUGAUUUGCUGAGCGCACACUAUAAAAUGUAAGCUAGAGAAGAUGCAUGUGCGAUUAUUGAAGACGAUUCCUCAGGAGAAAAAUCUGCUCAAAUUACCAUUUAAUCUCAUUCGUGUCUCUGAGAAAUAACUGAGAUAAGGAGAUGCAAUUUGUGAUUUUCCAAGCACACACUACAAGGUAUAAGCUAGUCGCCCUAUCAUUUGUUAGCUCAAAGCAUUAGCAGUCAUUUUUGCCCAGCAGAUAUACAUCAUGCCGUUUGUUGACGUUUUUGGGAUUGUAGCUCCAGAAAAGAUGUUUAGUGGAGAUCAAAAUGCUCUCAUCUGAUCUGUGGAGGUGUAGAAACCUUCUGCGUCUCUCUCUGUUAUCAGAAGGGCUUGACUAGAGCGGGUUUGUUUCUGUGGUGCGUGUGAUGGUCAAUCAUGGUGUGAUUGUGACAUAUUUCGGCUCUUCUGACAGAUUGCUGUCCAAAUUGUGUCUGUCAGUUUCUCGAUCUCUCUCUCUUUAUCUCUCACUCACUUCAGCUCUGUCAUUCCAGCUCCAGCUCCCCGUGCGCUUCUCUUUAUUGGUUUGAAGAGCUGUCCAUCAUGAAGCGUGACUCCUCCCCGUCAGGGUUUUAGUGGGACUUCUUUUGAAUGAAGUUAAAAAUGACGCUACAAGUAAUAAUUCUUCUCUUUCUGUUUCUGUUCGACUCUGUACGUCUGUAUGUGUGUGCGUGCUCGGUGUUUUCUGUUAUUCUUGAUCAUAAAUGUUGAUGAUAAAUGGGAGAAGUCUCCUGAUUUCAUGUUUUGAAAAACUUUUUUUGUAAAUAACUGAGCAAAAAUGGAAGGAAAUUAUUGUACAUGUUUCUGUUCGUCACUUGUACUGAAAACAGAUAUUCCUGAUGAACCGUGCGUUGAUGACGCACCCGACUGCCCUUCUUGAACAAGGGAUUUUCACAUCUGUCAUAUUUUUGCUGGGGCUGAGGGGGAAUGAAGGAGCAAGAAAGCAACUGCCAAUCAUUUGACAUCACACUGCCAAACCCAACCCAUAAUGUACCCACAAUUCCACCAGACGCCCUCCGGACCUAAUCAGGUGUGAUUUUUCUCUCCUCAUUGAAAUAAAAAAAAAAAAAAAUGUAAAAGAGGCAAAAUCACAGCCAAUCAGAACAUAUAUAUAUUAUUUUGAACCAAUGAGAUUUCACUGUGGGCGGAGCUAGAUAGUGCAAUACAAUAAUAACAGAAACCAAGCGACAGGCAAAAUAUCAAAAUAAUGUCACAAACCUCAAAUUAAAGGACUGCUCUUGAAUAAUAGCUUGCGUUAACAGUAAAAUAAAUAAUCCCUCAAGUUUGUAAAACCAAACAAAUAUGUCUUGACAGCUACAAAAAUAUUACAAAAUUUAUGAACUUAUAUCAAUGUGUAUUUUUGAAGAAGGCAAAAUUAUGGUCUGUGGUAAUCAACAACAUGUAUUUUAAGUAGUAUUUUUAACACAGGAGACUGAUUGUUUUUCAUUUUAUUUUAAACAUCUGGUUGUCCAAAUAGUGGUUAGAACAGCUUAAAAAUAAGCUUUAAAAACUUGUAUAACACACAUAGUCACUCUGUUGAGUUUCAUAACGGCACCACGUUGUUUUAGUUUGAUGCGGGUUGCAUCUGUUUUCCAAUAUUAGCACAGCUAGCACACAGAGCUGCGUCAAAACGGCAUGACGACGGCCAGCUGAGACAGAUCCACGCUCACUGCGGUCCAGCAUGUGUAGAACAAGCACACGCAGCCUGUCUGCAUCCCAUAUGCUGCUGCAUGGUGUGUUUGGCAGGGCUUGUCGAUAUCUUCCGCCCCAUCUCUCUCUACACAGAAAAUUACAGCCAAAACCCUAAAAACCGAAGCUCUCUGGCCAAAUUUCUCUCCAAUCCAAGUCCUGAUGAGCUGAUCGUAUGGUACUUGCUAAGGCAAGCAUCAUUACUAUUGCUCAAACUUAAGGCUGGUUAUUUGAAGAAACUUCUAAUUCUAAGGACGAGCGCACACUGUAAAAUUUUAGCCUGUCAUGUGAGCUCCUGGAGGUUCAAUUGCGUGUUUAGCAAAGACUAAUAAUCAAAAUUUUAAAUAAAAUAGGAAAAAAGCAGAACAAAUUGGAUUAUCUUAAUCAUUUUCAAACGACCAAAAAACCUGUCUGCCAGUCAAACAAGCUAAAAUUGCUCAAAAAUGCGAUUACUGUAAGAACUCAUUGAACUGUAGAUACAUACAGAACUGUAUGAGGUCCCUGACCAUAUUUUGACACCAGAAUAUCAUAGAGACAUUAGAAAUCAUUAAAAUUGUCGGGCCGACUCCAACUGCGAGUUUUUCACGAGCAUGAGAAAUCCAGUUGCAACACAUUCUAAUAAUCUACAGCCAAUAAUAUCUGUUUCACUCAUGCUCAGCACUUCUGUUACACAACACACACAUUUUAAUUAUGAGGUUUUACCGCAUGUUGAUUACGUUAGAUGGAGGAGUGCUGACCGAUAAAAGGCGACUCUAGUAAUGAAACUCUCACAGACUCCAAUAAAACAAGCAUUUGUUCUGAACAGACUAAGAAUAUUAUUUCGCCCGUAUGGAGGGCUUACGUCCUUCUUGCUCACUUUCAUUCCCCCCGAUACACCUCACUUGCGAAGAACGCUUUAAGUCUCAACACACGCUUGAUGUGUACAAUCUGACUCAAUGUAUUUAUUCAUGUAUUUUUUUGCCAACUUUGUACAGUGUAAAAAAAAGCAACCUAUAAAUCUAUGAAUAAUAAGAGUACUGUAUAGAUUAGCUGCCUGUGAGCGACUCACAGAAUAGUGUCAAUAGAGGUUAACAGCAUAGACGCGAUCUAAGCCAGUAAAACAUGCUUUCUGUAAAUGCAGAGAGAUGCCACAUGUUUUUAUAUCCUUGCUUUCUUUCCUCGUUGUCAUUCGUUUCUUUCAAUGUUUUUGUAAAUUACCUAGUGGCAUCUUACGACGUGUGUUGUUUCCUUUCUAUUGGUUGUUCGUUUGUUCGUAUGUUGUUUGUUGAUGAACACAGCGAGGUUCAGGCGCCCGGGAGAGUGCUUGGGAACGCAGAUCAGUUGGCCAAGGAUUUGCAUCCAUCUUCCCCAUGUGAUCACAAGUCCUACGUUAGUGUGUCAGAGCUUAGCAUAGGAUCCAUCUCAUCUGUCUAAGAUGUCUAGAUGUUAAACCACUCAUGUAGUUUACAAUCACAUUUUUUUUUUGUUCUAUAUUGUUCUAUGACUACAUGUUUCAAGUUUCCCUUCGCCUAUAUUUUCAUACUUCACGAACUGAGGUAAUGACAACGGAAGCUGACUAGCGAUUAGUCCUGUUGUUUUUCGCAGUGUUUAGCUGUAAUCUGUGCUUGUCUUCAGUGUUUGUUUAUUCAUGAUAUGCUAUAUACUUUUGUGCGAUGAAGUGUUGAAGCUGGACUAGUGUUUCAGAUGCCUCGCUCUUCCUAAAGCUCUUCUGUUGAUCUCAUACUUGUUAAAAAAACUUCAAACAUUCCAUUAACUGUUGGACAGAAAGCCACUGUAGAGUUUUAAAAAUGUACACUCUUUAAAAUAAAGGUUCCAUAUUGGUGUUAACGGUUCCACAAAGAACUUUGCAUUCCACGAAAGGUUCUUUGUAGUGAAAAAUGGUUCGUAGAUUUUUAAAAUGUUCCUCACACUAAGAAAAAAAUAAUUUUAAGAACUGUUCACUGGUUCUUCUAUGGCAUCAUGGUUCCCCAAGGUUCUCCUUUUGGAACGUUUAUUUUUUAAAGUGUAGCGCACGGGUGUACAACACGCAGUCGGGUUUAUUCAUCAUAUGAUGAUCACUACUCCUGAAAAUGCUCCUGAUGUUGUGUCUACACCCUUUAACAGGGUAUAAAAGGAAGUUUGUGAACAUCAUGCUUUUUCCCAGAGCUGGCGAAUUUUGGGGAAUUUGUUCCUAUAGUGGGCAGUAGAGAUUUUAUUGUUUUCGUGGCUUGAGCUUGAGGCGUCUGUGAUGUUUGUCCAGCAGCGUGUUAGUAAAGCGUUCCCAAUUUUGAGCCUCUCCUGUUUUUUUGGCCGAGCGGACUGUGAUCUUAUUGGUUGAAUUUCUCUUUUUUGUUUUCCUGUCCCACCCAAACCCUUCCAUGUGACUGGAUGUGAGGGUGGGCGGAGCUAAGGAGCACAGUUCUAACUAUGUUCCAUAAUAAAAUAGACUAAAUCAUUUGUACAUCA